CAGUGGAAUCUGAAAAUUUUCUUUAUUUCAAAAUGUCGCGUACCGGUAUUAUCUUGUAUCGCACGGCUGUGGUGAUGACGUUAAUGUGCGUUUUUUGCAUCCAAAUAAAUGGACUUCCGCAUCCACCGCUGACCACUUUAGCCCCGCGGUUAGAUGGCGUCUACGACGAAAAGUUUGAUAAUGUAGAUUUGGACGAGAUAUUGAUCCAGGAGCGAUUACUUAACAACUAUAUCAAGUGCCUGGAGAGUGCCGGCCCCUGUACACCCGAUGCAAAAAUGCUAAAGGAAAUCUUACCCGAUGCAGUUUUGACUGAUUGCACCAAAUGUACAGAAAAGCAAAAAAUUGGCGCUGAGAAGGUGACCCGCCAUCUUAUUGAUAAUCGACCUAACGACUGGGAGCGUCUUGAGAAAAUUUACGAUCCGGAGGGUACCUAUCGGAUUAAGUACCAAAAGUCGAAGGCCAAUGGCAACAAGUCAUUGUAAAUGUUAUGAAGCAGUUGCACAAGCGACCCAUAAAUCUUCGUUAUUACGGCGUAAAUGAGACGAGGAGUACUUUUUAUCAUUUCGUUUUUUUUUUUUUAAUUUAAUUUUAAAUUUUGAAAUUUUUGUUGUAACCCAAGUUUGUGAAAUAUGAAUUACAAUAAACUUAAUCUGCGUGCUUUGACCUGAG